ACCUGCUGCUGCUGCACCUAUGAGUCUCCACGUUAAUGAAUAGCCGCGGCCCGCGCGAGACAAACUAGCCGAUUAUGCCGAGAUAAAGAGCGUCUGACUCGCGCUCUGUCCGAUAAUGGCAUGCGAUGGUUCAUCCGCGGAGGAUUUCCCGGACAAAGUGAUGCCCAGAGCAGCUCCCUGCACGUGCAACAAGAAGUGCAGGAGUCGCAGCAGCAGUGUUGUCUUCCUGGGAUUAUUCCUGCUGUCGCUGUCUCUGCACGCUGUCACCCUCGUCUGCUAUUUGGACCUGCGCUCCGAAGUCAAAAGGGAAAUUAUCCACCAGAAGCGGGAUUCAAUGUUGACACUUGCGGGGAGUGACAUGGCUGACCCGGCGGCGCUGCUCUCACCCGGCCACCUGGACUCCGUCAGCAGCCGCGGCGCAGAGGGUCAAGAGGAGAAGUUACUGCACAGAAAUAGUGAAUUCCACGCCACACAGGAUAACAGGGGCAUAACUCAGCGAGCGAAAAGAAGUCCCGGCAAGCAGCCAGAAACAGAAUCGACUGGAAGGGAAAGAAGGAAAGAGAAGAAAAAAGGAAAAAAAAGGUCGGUGCCAGGUCCUCCUGGCCCCCCUGGUCCCCCAGGCCCACAGGGGCCACCGGGCAUCCCUGGAAUCCCCGGUAUUCCAGGAAGCAACGCUGUAGGGCCUUCAGGACCCCCUGGACCCCCCGGGCCGCAGGGACCUCCGGGUACUCAAGGUCCAGCAGGGGUUCCAGAUAAGACGAAAACAAAAGAAUACCAGCCUGCAGUGGUUCAUUUGCAAGGGCAGGAGACAACCAUCCAAGUGAGAGAGGAUCUGUCUGAAGGCAUCCUUAGGAACUGGAAGAUGGUGUCCAUCCAUCACCGCGUGUUUAAAAUGCACUCUCGCUCUGGAGAGCUGGAGGUUCUGCUGGAUGGUGUCUACUUCAUAUAUAGUCAGGUAGAAGUUUACUACCUCAACUUCACCGACAUUGCCAGUUAUGAGGUGAUGGUGGACUCCAACCCGUUCCUCCGCUGCACAUGCAGCAUCGAGACAGGACAGCGCAAGUUCAACACCUGUUACACGGCCGGGGUGAGCCUGCUUCGUGCCGGCCAGAGGAUCUCCAUACGCAUAGUGUAUGAGGACACACUUAUCAGCAUGACCAAUCACACCACCUUUCUGGGAAGUGUCAGACUUGGAGAGGCUCCAUCUGCUGGACAGAACUGAAACCUACACAACCACCAGCCCUCUACGUGAAAUGCCCAAAGUCUUGCCUCCGUUUAGAGGAAACUUAAAUCCCCCGGGUGUUAAAAGUUGAGGACCCUCCGCGACUUUUGUUCACUUCCAGUUCUCUAUUAUAAAACAAGGACAAUACCGAUGUUUAGGAUUCCCCCCCACGAAGGCUUUGUGCAAAAAGAUCAGUGUUGAUGAGCCUCAUCAAACAGACGUUUCUAUUUAUAGUCUCCCUUUUGUGUCAACACAGACGCUGGCAUCUCUCUUUAUAACAAGGAAGGACACUGCGCUGACAUAUACUUAAUAUUUACAUAUUUUUAAGUGCUGUUGAAUGACAAUCUUGUAUCUCCAAAAAACGAUUCAAAAUGUUUUAUUUACAGUUUAUAUACUUGGGAAUUUGCAUUAAUUUAAUUAUACUAACAAUUAUAAGUGGUUUUACAAGAGGUUUUAAGCUCCAUAUGUCCCUAGGUUAUAUAUUUUAUAAUAGAUCAAAGCAAGUACAAAUGAAUCUAUGCAAGGUAGAGAAACAUUCAUAAAAACUGGAGUUAUAAGGUAUUCAAAGAGCAACAGCACUAUAUAUUUUGCACACAUUUGCACUACAGCAUCCCUGCAGAAUAUCGGCGAUAUGUUUUGUUACAGUGCUAUUGUUUAGUUAUAGAAUGAAUGAAUCCAUGUGGGAAAAUGAUAUUGUUGUUAAUACGUCUCUGUACAUAUUGUAUAUAAAAAGGGAUAUACUUUUGUAAAUGGAGUUGAUUGAUGGAUUAAAUGUUACUUUUUUUGUCUAAA